AAUGAAUGUGCUUCAAACCUGCAUGUGUCUCUGCCGGUUAUAUUUCUGUUAAAAGGUGGCGUAUGGCGGGGUCCGUGCACGAGACUGAUUGUAAGAGCUCAGGAAAGUUUCCUUGCGCUGAGUGAAUUAUAUCACAAGUGAUGUGUCCAAAGCAAAACUUCAUACCGAGAUUUCAGAACUUAUAAGGUGAAGCAUUGCUAACUGAUUUAUCAGAAACAUCCAUUAACAUAAUGAAUUUUAAUCUAACAGCAGACCCCGACUCAAGGGUUGGCUGAAGCGGUGGUAUCAGACAUCAUACCCUCGGAGUGGGAAGCAGGAAUCAUGAGCAAGGACUAGGAUGAAUCAUCUGUUAUUGAAGAGGAAACCGCUUCUUUCAUUACUCCCAAAAUGGAGGGUUGGCGUAUCCAGAUGGGCCAAAACUUCCACUUCAAUCUCAAAGCCGAAGGAGAGCGACAGUCAUGGGAAGUCUCAGAUGCGCUUGAAUCCGCUGAAUAUCCAGAUGCUGUCCGGUGGUCUCCACAGACAGAUCUUUGGAGACGUUCAAGUUGAGUACUCGGAGGAGGCAGUCCAAAAGAGUACUGAACAUCUAAAGUGUCACAACCUCUGGGACAAGGAAACCUCCAUACUUCCUGAUGUAGAACUGCAGCUGCCCAGGAUGUACGGCAGCAAUAUCGACGAACAUUUCCGUACCCUUGCUCAGAAGCAAAGCCUCCCUUAUCUGGAAGCAGCCAAUGAUCUGCUGCGGUGUGACCUCCCUGAAAUGCCCACAGAGUGGACCUGGGCAGUUGGCUGGACAAAGUACAGCGUGGAGGGUAAAACAAUGUCAGUGGAUUUCCCUGAUGAUCGGGCGCUGGUGUUUGACGUGGAGGUGUGCUCAACUGAGGGCCCGUGCCCAACAUUAGCUGUUGCUGUGUCACCAAAUGCUUGGUAUUCCUGGUGCAGUAAACGUCUCAUCGAGAAGCGUUACACUUGGUCGAAUCAUCUGGUCCUGGCAGAUCUAAUUCCCCUGGAGACUUCUGCAAACUUCACCCGUCCUUUAAGAGGUGAAUGGCUAGAGAGACUGGUGAUUGGCCACAACGUCAGCUAUGACAGAGCAAGAGUGAAGGAACAAUACCUGAUGAAGGGGACAAAGCUGCGCUUUCUGGAUACGAUGAGCUUGCACAUGGCUAUUUCAGGCCUGACGGGCUUCCAGCGCAGCCUGUGGAUGGCCAGUAAGAAGGGAAAAAGGAGUGGCCUAGAAGAAGUAAAGCAGCACAUCAAACGAACCAGCAACAGGUCCAGAAAUCCAGGGGUUGGAGCUUGGAACUGGGUGGACAUCAGCAGCAUCAAUAAUCUGGCAGAUGUCCAUGCACUCUAUGUCGGGGGGAAGCCUCUGGAGAAGGAGGCUCGUGAGACUUUCAUUAAAGGCAGUAUGAAUGACGUUCGGGAGAACUUCCAGGAGUUGAUGCAAUACUGUGCACUUGAUGUUAAGGCUACAUACGAGGUGUUUUGUGAGGAGCUUCCACUAUUUCUAGACAGGUGCCCACACCCAGUGACUUUUGCUGGCAUGCUGGAAAUGGGCCAGUGCUACCUUCCUGUGAACCACAACUGGAAACGUUACCAGGAUGAGGCGCAGGGGACGUACGAGGAACUGCAGUGGGAGAUGAAGCAAUCCCUCAUGAACCUGGCUAACGAUGCCUGUCAUUUACUGGAAGGUGAAAGGUACAAAGAUGAUCCUUGGCUGUGGGACCUUGAAUGGGACAUCCAGGAGUUUAAGCAGAAGAAGAACACGAGGAGGAAAAAAAAGGCAUCAGUUUGCAACACUGAGGGUAAAGAUUGUGUUUCAACGGUGGAGCUCGAGGAAGGUCAAGACCCAGGACCUCCUUCAGAAGAAGAAGAGGAGAUGAAGGUCGCUACAAAUGCAGCCCUCCUAAAUAAUCUACAACAAUCUGUCAGUCUGCUUCCAAAAAGGAGACAACACCUACCAGGCCAUCCUGGAUGGUUUCGGAAGAUGUGCCUUAAGUGGAAUGACGCACAGUGGUUGCCAGGACCCAGCCUCAUAAGCCUGCAGAUGAGGGUCACUCCAAAGCUGAUGCGAUUGACUUGGGACGGCUUCCCACUGUAUUAUGCAGAAAAACAUGGGUGGGGUUAUCUGGUCCCUGGAAGAAAGGACAACCUACCACCUUACUCAGAAGACACGAAUGAAUCUUCCUGUCCGUACCAAGCUGUUGAGAAGUUGUACAGAGAAUACAGCAAGAAGAAAGAGGAAGGAGCUACAGAAGCCCUGGAGACUUCACUCAGUGAUGAGUUCAUGUUGACAGAAGACACUAUUUGGGAAAGGGUGGAGGAGCUGAGCUGCUUGGAGACGGAUCACGAAGCCGAUGGCCAAGACUCUGGUAGAGAGAGCGAGAAGAAGAAUUUUAAGCAGAAUCAAAAUGAAAAUCCACAACCAAUUCUUGAGGAUAGCGGCCCUUUGUAUCACCAUGGCAACGGCCCUUACCCAGAGGUCAAUGUGCCUGGAUGCUGGUUCUUCAAACUUCCACACAAGGAUGGGAACCAUAACAAUGUCGGGAGCCCCUUUGCAAAGGAUUUUCUCUCUAAGAUGGAAGAUGGUACCUUGCGGGCAAGCUCCGAUGCAACAAAUGCAACCAGGGCACUGGAAAUCAACAAGAUGAUCUCCUUCUGGCGCAACGCCCAGAAAAGAAUUGGUUCUCAGAUGGUUGUGAUGUUAAAGAAAAGUGAAUUACCUCGAACAGUCACCAGACAUGGAACUUUUGAAGAAGAAGUUGCUCAUGGAGCCAUUUUACCACAGGUGAUCACUGCUGGCACAGUGACCCGACGGGCAGUCGAACCAACCUGGCUCACGGCCAGCAAUGCACGGCGUGAUCGAGUAGGAAGCGAAUUGAAAGCCAUGGUUCAGGUACCACCCGGAUACCACCUGGUCGGGGCAGAUGUUGACUCACAAGAGCUGUGGAUUGCUGCCAUUCUUGGGGAAGCCCAUUUUGCUAAAAUACAUGGCUGCACUGCAUUUGGCUGGAUGACGCUUCAGGGGAAAAAGAGCAGUGGUACAGACCUGCACAGCAAGACAGCUGCGAUGGUGGGCAUCAGCAGAGAGCACGCCAAGGUUUUCAAUUAUGGACGUAUUUAUGGGGCCGGGCAGCCAUUUGCAGAACGGCUCCUCUUGCAGUUCAACCACCGACUGACACCUCAGGAAACAGCAAAGAAAGCACGGCAGAUGUAUGCAGCUACCAAGGGCAUACGAAGGUGUGUGCUUUCAGAAGAUGGCGAGUGGCUGGUGAAGGAAUUGGGCAUCUCCGUGGAGAGGGCAGAAAACGGAACAGUCUCGAGUGCAGAUGCAAAGAAAAUCCAAAGGAAGGCUGCAAAAAGAUCAAAAGGCGCUAAGUGGAAUGUUGUGAAACGGCGAGUCUGGAGUGGAGGCACAGAGUCUGAGAUGUUCAACAAACUGGAAUACAUCGCCACGUCACCUCGCCCCCGCACUCCAGCGUUAGACUGCUGUAUCAGCAGAGCUCUCGAACCAAGUGCAGUAGGAAAUGAGUUCAUGACUAGCCGAGUGAACUGGGUGGUACAGAGUUCAGCCGUGGAUUACCUACAUCUGAUGUUGGUGUCCAUGAAGUGGCUGUUUGAAGAAUUCGGUAUUGAUGGUAGAUUCUGUAUCAGCAUUCACGAUGAGGUCCGUUACUUAGUGAACAGUGAAGACAGAUAUCGAGCUGCAUUGGCAUUGCAGAUUACUAACCUUCUGACACGUUGCAUGUUUGCCUACAAACUUGGGAUGCCGGACCUGCCACAGUCGGUGGCAUUCUUUAGCACAGUGGAUAUCGAUCACUGUCUGAGGAAGGAAGUGACGAUGGACUGCCAGACACCAUCCAACACUGCUGGGCUGCAGAGACGAUAUGGGAUCCCACCAGGAGAAGCAUUAGAUAUUUACCAAAUCAUUGAAAAAACAAACGGUUCUCUUAAACGAAAGUGAGCACACAAGAAGAAAUCGUUGGACUACAAAAGACAACUUCAGGAAAGCAAGAGCAGCGUUCACCCAGAAUUACUUGUAUGUAGUAUUUCUGCAACACUAACUGUACAAACUGAAGCUUUGAGAUCACCCAUCAGGACCAACUUCAAAAUCAGAAUGGGAAAUUAUUCAAAGCUGAUAUAAGAAGGUGACAACGUUUUGCAUGGUUCAGAUCUUGUGAUGGGUAAGAGCUUAACUUUAGUAUCCUCUCUGGAUGAAAUAUUCACCGGUGUUCUUAAUUCAUCUUUUUCUUUUUUUCUUCUUUGGUUCUCUGUUUUCGUCUACAGUGGUAUUUGACUAAAUAAGGAAAGUUUAAAAAAAAAGUUCCACUAUAUUAAUUGUACAAUAUGGAAACCUCUGUUUAAAUAUACAUGCUUCAUUUAACACAAAAUUUCAGUAAUGCUGAAAGAUUACUUCUCUCUUUCCUGUGCUGUAAUUACUAUAAUUGUAUCAGUAUGAGCUAUGAACAAACCACUUGGCAAAUCAGUAUGAUUAUUUCCCAGUGAUUAUUCAUGGGUCAGGGAUUAGAACCACUGGGUAGCAGUAAUAACGGGGUGUAUUUAAAGUCUCUUUGAACGAGCAUGGUAUUUGGCACAUUUCUCACUGUAAUUGGGUGCUCCAUCCUCAUUACCCAUCCCUAAUCAAAAGGGAAUCGACUUGCACAUUUAAUCAAAGCAUAAAAGUUCAGUUUUUUCCAUUCCCACUGUGCAAAAUUCCUGACCCAAUAUAAAAUGCUCUCAAUGGUUUGAUUGCUUAAGAUAGGAAAAAAAACCUUCUUGUAUAUAACCAUGCUAAGGACUAUUCUGGUGACUAUACAUGUAACAAUGUUUGAAAUGUUUUCCUAUAAAUUUCCCCUUGCAGCAGUUUUGAUCAUCACCUAGUCCAAUUUACAUUAUGAAAAUUAAGCAGCAAAUGCUUAAAAGACGCAGCAAUCCAGGCAGCGUCUGUGAUAAAAGAAACAGAAUUAAUGUUUCAGAUGUGAAGUGAUAACUGUUUUUCACUCUCAAGCUGAUGCCUUAUUGGCUGAGUUUUGCAUUUCCAGUGCCCUUUAUUCAAAUGAAUAACUUUAUUUUGGUUACCCUACAAUGACUCAAGAAUUAUUUUAACCAAAAAUAUUCUGUUCUGAAACAACAGAUCCAUUUGCAGUCCCCUAUUCCUUUCUAAAAGUGGAUCUUACAAGCUCUCAACAAAUUGAAAAUGGGAUUGAUUUCCUUUCUUUUCCCUAGUAGAAAAACAAAACAUUUAAAUAUAGCUGUCUCAUGCAAGCUUAAAGGCACAUUAAAAGUGCUGUCCUGGUUGCUUCCCCUCAACAUUUUCCUCUUUAAUUUUUCUUUGGCAAUCAAAACAAAUUAUUUGGAGAAACCCACAGCUGCAGCCUUGGAUCUUGCUUAAUAGCAUGUAUUAACAGCAGUCUGGCGUAAACUUGGAGUGAGAUGU